CCGGCAGAUCGGGGCUCUUCAGAAGGCCGUUUCCUAAAUAGAGCAGCAGCCAGAGCGAGACCCAUCGUGUUUGUCUCCAAGAAGUGCGGCGGAGGUGGCUGUGUGGGUGCGUGGGGAGGAGCCCCCGCAGUCUCCGCUGGCUCCUGACUGUCAGGGAGCCGCAGACUUUACUCCGUGCUCCUGGCUCCUUCUGCAGAACUGUGCUUGGGACCCCCUGCCACGUCCUGGGGCAGAGCAAACCGCUAAGACACCGGCGUUGGGAAGUCCAGCAUCGUGUGCCGCUUCGUGCAGGACCACUUUGACCACAACAUCAGCCCUACCAUCGGGGCCUCUUUCAUGACCAAAACUGUGCCUUGUGGAAAUGAGCUUCACAAGUUCCUCAUCUGGGACACCGCUGGGCAGGAGCGGUUUCACUCGCUGGCUCCGAUGUACUAUCGAGGAUCUGCAGCAGCCGUCAUCGUCUACGACAUCACCAAGCAGGAUUCGUUUCAUACCUUGAAGAAGUGGGUCAAAGAAUUGAAAGAACAUGGCCCAGAGAACAUUGUGAUGGCCAUUGCUGGGAACAAGUGCGACCUCUCUGACAUUAGGGAGGUUCCCCUGAAGGAUGCGAAGGACUACGCUGAAUCCAUAGGCGCCGUCGUGGUAGAGACAAGUGCCAAGAAUGCUGUUAACAUCGAGGAGCUCUUCCAGGGGAUCAGUCACCAGAUCCCACCCUUGGACCCCCACGAGAAGGGCAACAACGGAGUGAUCUGCGUUCACGGCGGGAAGCCACCCUCUCAGGCCCGGCGGUGCUGCUGACGGGCACCCAGGCGCUGCCGCCGCAGGAGCCAGACCCCACACUCUGGAGGAGGCACAGGCUGCGCACCCAAGGCUGCAGGAAGUGGGUAGCAAGUGUCCCUGAGAGGAAGCUGAGAAAACUGGGAAAACCACACAGCCGCUGUGUGGCCUUCGGUGCGCCAAAGGGGUUGGGCUUACUGGGUAACGGUGCAGUCACCUUUUCUGCUGAAAGCAUUGCAACAUUGUUGGGUUUGUCCACGAGUCUUAAGUACUUUUCUCCUCUGAGUCCUGUGUCACCUGGCCAGACUCCAGGCUGUGCCUGCCUUACCCGAUCGGCCUUCACCGAAAGGCGGAUUUGACAUGGAAGGAUAGAGUUUCGCUGGUUUGGGAAAUAAGCUUUUAUUUAUUACUGUCUGAGAGAGGUCAGAGAAGUGUAACUGGAUCACCAUUCAAGCUGAGGCUUGUACGGCUAUGGAAGAGGAGGAAAAAAUGUCUGAAAAACUACCAUUUGCAUUCCUUGGAACUUAAUUGUUGACCUUUUUUCUAAGUUUUGGUCAGAUAUAAACAAACAGAUCCGGGCAGACUACAAUACAGCACAUGACCUUGGGAUCAGGACCACCAGUUAAAUAGUCACUAUCUAGGGAGGGUAGCAGGAAGGUAUAAACUCUUGGAGACCACACAGUACACCUCACCCACAUGGUAGGAAAUUCCUCCUGUCUUAGAGAUGGUCAAUGCAUGCAGUGUUAUGUUACUAAGAAUGUGCCGUGGUGUCAUAUCUAGGGGAAAAAAAUUAGCCAGAAAAUGCUUUGAGUCUAAAUUCUAAUUAUAAUAAUAACUAAUCAUAGGUUAUAGCAAAGCCAGCCCGAGGAAGUAUUACCACCUUAAAAUUCAACGCCUAGAAAAACUAUGAAGUUGGGGAAGCAUUUUCAGUGUUGUCAGGCUUGCGGACAGUCAUAGGCCCAAACAGAGGGCCCCCUAUGGGACCUGCCAGAGGCCUGAUGGUAGGCUCUGAGGAGGACGUUCAAAUUCCCUAUCUGCCCAGCCAGCUAUGUCUGAAUCCCAAGGAAAGAAAAGAAAGAAAGUGAAGAAAGCAAGAAAGGUUAUUUCCACCAAAAUUGCAAAUCCCAUUACCAGCCUGGCUUUCAUAAGAAUUUGGAAUCAAGAAGGAUCCAGGCUUUGGCUGGGAUGGACAGCCUCGUAGGCAGGGCAUGGCACUGUGUGCCUGCAAGCGACAGCUGUGGCGUUUUUCGCCAUGAACGUUGUGGGGCCAGUGAGCCCUGGAGAGCCCACCGCGUGAAGGAAAGAGGCCAUGGGCUGGUUCUGUGACUCAGUAUGAACUGGUGCCGUAGGGACUGAUGCCACCGAGCUCUCAUGGGCAAGAGACAGAGUCAUGGCAUCCACCAGAAGGAAGCGGGCUGGAGCCAAGUUUUCACCUUCUCUACAUUGGAAAAUGGGGCCAGGGUCUCAUCACAUAUUUAUGUUUUCAACUCAAGGAUGUGCUGCCAAUUUGAGUUCUUCCUGCUUUGCCCAACUUUGGAGAGGUGAUUGACAGCCUUAGAAUAUGCAGGCCAGAAAGCACUUAUUUUAGUUUCAAGAGUGUCCCUUGUCUCUCCCAGACAGGCACCCCAGAACCAGCUAGCGCGUGGCACCCGGAUGUCUUGGCAGGGCCUCUGCAGGGAUUGUCAGAGUUCUUUCCCGCAUUGCCAACAUUCCUGCCUGGCAUGCUUCUGUUGCAGGUCAAGAAAUGAUCAUACCUCUUGCCAGCGGGGAGAAAAUCGAACUGAGCAUUGAAGCAAUCUCCUUCCAGGUGACAUACAGGCCUGUUUCAGCCUUUCCUCAUGCAGCUUUCCAUGAGCAUCUGGGUUUCUCCAACAAGCAGUACAAGUUUCUGAGCUAAGAUAGCUCACAUCCCAGCAGAGAGUGUGGUAGCUUUUGACUGUUUGGGAGUGGUUGUAUUUUGCAUAAAAUGUCCAGUCUUAACCACAUAUGGGGAAUCUGCCCGCUAGUGAGCCCCUGGUUUAUUUCAGAAUCAUAUAAAGGGGUGAACUGCUGCCUUACCAUUCUGUAUUGCCAUAGCUAUGGAAGCCAGUCAGAAGACCAAA